AUGGAAACAGAACAGGAGAACAACACCAACUUUGCGGGAUUCAUUCUCCUGGGUUUCUCCACCUCACCAGAGUUCAGGGGACUUCUCUUCCCCUUCUUCCUCUGCAUGUACCUGCUUAGCUUACUGGGGAACCUCUUGAUCAUGCUGCUGAUCUUCUUCAAUAGUGAUCUUUUUCAUGCCCCCAUGUAUUUCUUCCUCAGUCAUCUAUCAUUGGCUGACCUGGGAUUCAGUUCCAAUGCUGUACCCAAGAUGUUGCAAAUCUUAAUCUCCCAGAAAAAUACCAUAUCCUAUAGUGGAUGCCUCAGUCAAAUGUAUUUCUUUGUGGUCUUUUGUACCAGUGAUAACUUUCUCCUUGCCGUCAUGGCAUAUGACCGCUAUGUGGCUAUCUGCCGACCACUUCAUUAUUCUACCAUCAUGAGCCACAAGCAUUGCCUGAUCUUGGCUGCUGGGUCUUGGCUCCUCUCUUUUUCCCAAGGCCUAUUAUAUGUAUUUACAAUAGCUAAUUUUUCUUUCUGUGGCUCCCGGGAGAUCCCUCAUUUCUUCUGUGACCUCCAUCCUUUACUCAAACUUUCCUGCUCAGACACCUCUUCUGCUGAAAUAUUGCUCAUGAUUGAAGGGACUGCAACCAUGCUUGGGCCCCUUAUACUCAUCUUUCUCUCCUACAUAUUGAUUAUGUUGAAGGUGUUGAAAGUUCCUUCAGCUUCUGGGAAGUACAAAGCCUUCUCCACUUGCAGUGCACACAUCACUACUGUUACCUUGUUCUAUGGGACUCUGAUUAGCACCUACAUCCGCCCGUCCUCCACUUAUUCUGGUCCUAGGUUGAGAGCGGCUUCGAUAUUCUACACUGUGGUGAUCCCCAUGCUCAAUCCUUUCAUAUACAGCCUGAGGAACAGUGCGAUUCAUGAGGCCAUGAGGAAAUUACUAAAGAUCUGGGUGCAGAAGAGAGAAAUCAGAUCAGAACUAGGAGUGCCUCAUAAGAAACCUGGAGCCCCUUUGGAAAACAAUGGCUGCCGAUUUAAAUGGAUUAAUCAUGAGGAGCAGAGAAGUAGAGAAGAACUUGAUCCUAAAUGCCUGAGUUGCGGGAUGAACACAGAAGAGAAGAAUCAAACCACCUCUGCUGGAUUCAUCCUCCUGGGUUUCUCCUCCUCACCAGACCACCAAGAUUUUCUCUUUCCCAUCUUCCUCUGUAUGUACCUGCUUUGUCUGCUAGGAAACCUCUUGAUAAUCCUGCUGAUCUUCUCCAGUACCAAUCUCCUCCAAGCUCCCAUGUAUUUCUUCCUCUGUCACCUGUCACUGGCUGACCUUGGAUUUAGUUCUGCUGCAGUGCCUAAAUUGCUGUACAACUUAGCGACCCAGACAAAAGCAAUAUCCCAUAAUGGUUGCCUGACACAGAUGUAUUUCUUUGUGAGUUUUGCUACCACAGAUAACUUUCUCCUGGCCUCCAUGGCGUAUGACCGCUAUGUAGCCAUCUGCCGCCCCUUGCACCAUGCCAGAGUCAUGAGCUUCAAGUACUGCCUUGUUUUGGUUGCUGGAUCUUGGCUACUAGCUCAUUCCCAUGCCUUGUUAUACACCCUGUUGUUCUCUAAUUUUACCUUCUGUGCUUCCCGAGAAAUCCCCCAUUUUUUCUGUGACCUCCACCCUUUAUUGAAAAUCUCUUGUUCCGACACCUCCAUUGUUGAUAAGCUUCUUGUCAGUGAAGGGACAGCAAUUGUCCUUGGGCCUCUGCUUCUCGUUCUUUUCUCUUAUAUCUUCAUUGUCCUGAAGGUGGUGAAGCUUCCAUCUAAGUCCAAAAAGUACAAAGCUUUCUCUACUUGCAGUGCCCACCUCACCACCGUAGCUUUGUUCUAUGGCACGGUGAUAGGCACCUACCUCCGCCCAUCAUCUUCCUAUUCUGUCUCGAGGCUGAGAGUGGCAUCAAUAUUCUAUACAGUAGUCACCCCUAUGCUCAAUCCUUUCAUAUACAGCCUGAGGAACAGCGAGAUGCAUGGAGCCAUCAAGAGACUGGUAAGGAAUUGGUUUUAG